AAGCAGGCUCGUAAAUUCAUCAGCAGCUCCAGCUCCAGCUGCUGCUGCUGCUGCCUCUGCGUCUUCCUGCUCUGUAGGCGUGCUGGCUGCUGGUUUGAGAUUCUGAUCCUGCUCCAGCUGUAGCUUGGACGCUGUGCAUGUUAGGAUCGAUUUGCUGGAUCAGAGUAUGCCUCUACCGAAGACUCUUGCGCAGACAUUUGCAUUUAGAAGCAAUGUAGCUGGGUCCGGUUUGAUGUCUCGGUUCGAUCGUCGUGCUUUGGCGCAUUCGUCCUGGACUGAGAUCGUCGUGCCUCUCACUUUCGAUCGCACCUUUUUGGCGAAGCGUAAAUUCUCAUUCUUGGCUCCUGGAAUUUCUGGAAUUAGCGUCUGGCCGAGGCAGAUUCCAGUCCAGCACGGCUGCAUACGCCGGCAAUUUUGCAGUAGUCGCUCUAUCAGAGCCAUUGGCAGGGGGCCGGAGGAGAAAGGAUCGGACCUGAUGCCCCCGGCAAAGAAGAUGCUAUGGGCGCCCAUAAUUCAAGAAGGUGUCUUCCGGUUCGAUGCCAAUGAGGGGGCAAAAAAGCAAGCCUGGCCCUCUGUGUCCUUCGUAAAUGGGCAGGAUCGAGAGUCGCCCAUCACGUUGACAGCCGAGGCCCACAUUCGGGAGCCCCUCUACAUCCCUCAGUGCAGGACGGACAAUGGCUCACAGACUAUCACUGUGAAACUGCCUGAAGGCACUUCAUUCUAUGGUACUGGUGAAGUUAGUGGGCCCCUUGAGAGAACCGGGAAAAGGGUCUUCGCUUGGAACACUGAUGCAUGGGGUUAUGGGCCCAGCACAACAGCAUUGUAUCAGUCACAUCCUUGGGUUCUUGCGCUCCUUCCAGAUGGAACUACUUUCGGCGUUUUAGCUGACACCACUCGCCGAGCUGAGAUCGAUACCCGAAAGGCGUCUACCAUCCGUUUUGUAGCAUCUGGAUCGUAUCCUGUCAUAACAUUUGGACCGUUUUCGUCCCCUGAAGCAGUCCUGACUGCUCUCUCCAAAGCUACAGGAACUUUGGCAAUGCCGCCAAAGUGGACGCUUGGGUAUCAACAGUGCAGGUGGAGUUAUGAAACUGCAGACCGAGUUGUAGAGAUUGCCACAACAUUUCGAGAAAAGAAGAUACCUUGUGACGUGAUAUGGAUGGACAUUGAUUACAUGAAUGCUUGGCGUUGUUUUACGUUCGACCCUGAAACGUUUCCUGAACCAGCCAAGCUCUCCGAUUUGCUGCAUGAGAAGGGUUUCAAGGGUGUGUGGAUGCUUGAUCCUGGCAUCAAGCAAGAACCAGGCUGGUCUGUAUAUGACUCUGGAACGGCUGAGGAUGUUUGGGUCCUUCAGGCGAACAAGAAACCUUACGCUGGUGAAGUGUGGCCUGGUCCAUGUUGUUUCCCAGAUUACACUCAAGCAAAAACUAGGAAAUGGUGGGGAGGGCUGGUAAAAGACUUUGUCAAGAUCGGUGUCGAUGGGAUUUGGAAUGACAUGAAUGAACCUGCAGUCUUUAAGAGUUUGUCAAAGACGAUGCCUGAUACAAACAUUCAUAGAGGAGACGAAGAUCUCGGUGGAAGCCAAAAUCACCAGCACUACCACAAUGUUUAUGGAAUGUUGAUGGCUAGAUCAACCUACGAAGGGAUGAUCCUUGCUAAUCCUGAGAAGAGGCCAUUUGUGUUGACCAGAGCAGGUCAUGUUGGAAGCCAAAGAUACGCUGCCACAUGGACCGGUGACAAUCUUUCAAGUUGGAUUCAUCUUGAAAUGAGUAUACCAAUGUCACUAAACUUGGGUUUAAGUGGACAACCAUUCUCCGGGCCUGAUAUUGGUGGGUUUGGUGGAAACGCUACACCUCAAAUGUUUGCGCGGUGGAUGGGUAUUGGGGCCAUGCUUCCAUUUGCACGUGGCCAUUCAGAGAAAGGGACUGUGGAUCAUGAACCCUGGGAAUUUGGGAAAGAGUGUGAAGACGUCUGCAGGCAGGCACUGUACAGGAGAUAUCGGAUACUGCCGCACCUAUAUACUCUAUUUUACAAGGCACAUACGACAGGAGUUCCGAUAAUGUCUCCUUUGUUCUUUGCUGAUCCUAAAGAUGAGAAACUUCGUAAGGUGGAAGACAGUUUUCUUCUGGGACCUCUCCUUGUUGCUGCAUGUACUAAGGCUGGCAAGAAACCUGAUCCAAAGAAGACUGUCCUACCUAGUGGGUUGUGGCAGCUCUUUGAUUUUGAUGACUCACAUCCGGAUUUACCGUUACUGUUCCUCAAGGGAGGAUCUAUCAUCCCGACUGGUCAGGUUUCACAGAACACUGGUGAUGUCAGUGAGAAUGAUCCCAUCACCCUCAUCAUAGCUCUUGAUGAAGAAGGAAAAGCAGAAGGGACACUCUACGAGGAUGAUGGAGAUAGUUUUGAAUAUAAAAAAGGACAGUUCUUGCUUACUCGUUACUCUGCUGCCCUGGUCUCCAGCUCCACCGGAGGUUCAAGUGGAAAAAAGAUCGUCAUCAAAAUCACCCAGUCGGAUGGUUAUCUUAGCAGGCCCAAGCGUCCUCUCAAAGUGCGCAUUUUGCUCGCAAAUAAAGCGGAGCUUGAGGGUGAAGGUGUCGAUGGCGAGGAAUUGACUGUCGACCUGCCUUCACGUUUCGACAUGGCCCAGAUCACGACUCUCAUCCAACAGCAGGAUCUGCCAAAGGAAGAUGAUGAGAAUAUUCCAGAUGAAGCCGAUCACGAGACCUCAGAGAGCCUUGCAGUUCCUCCAACGACUCUCCUGGAUCUGAAAAUUGGUGACUGGUCUCUAAAAGUGGCGCCCUGGAUUGGUGGUCGGAUUGUUUCUAUGAUCCACGAGCCCACAGAGACCGAAUGGCUGGAAGGAAAACUGGAGCAUGGAGCGUAUGAAGAGUACAGUGGGGUCGAAUAUCGAUCUCCUGGCUGUGUGGAGCAGUAUGAUGUCAAAAAGGAGCAGUCAGAUAUUGAAGGAACAGACGGAGUAGUUAUGGAAGGUGACAUUGGUGGAGGAUUGGUGAUGUGUCGUCAAAUUGGCGGCAAGGGAGCUGAUUCGAAAAUAGUACAGAUAAGCUCCUCAAUUGAGGCUAGAUCUGUUGGUGCUGGUUCAGGUGGAUUUUCUAGGUUGGUGUGUUUGCGGGUGCAUCCAUCUUUCAAAGUUGCCAACUAUGAACUGGCAUUGGUGAAGUUCACAUCCAUCAGUGGAGAAGCUCGAGAAAUAGUCCCGAAGCCCGGCGAUAUAAUGUUGACAGCAGACGACCGACCAAAUGGAGAGUGGGCAUUCUUAGACAAAGAGAACGGAGUGGCCAUCGUGAACAGAUUCAACCCAGAGCAGGUGUUCACGUGUGUAAUCCACUGGUCAGCAGGCAUUUGCAACUUGGAGCUUUGGUCUGAGGAGAGGCCCGUUUCCAAGGAAACACCUCUUCAGAUAUGCCAUGAAUAUGAGACUGUCAGUGAGCAGGAGCUGCUUCAGUCUCAGCCUUGAGCGUGGUGGGCUCCACGGUUUCCUGACUCUUGUUCUAUGGGAAGGUUUGAGAGCCGACCUGAUCGUUCUGCCCGGAUCAAGUUGUGUCGUGGUAUCAAGCCUGUCAAUUGUUGACGAGCUUGACUGUUAACAGGCUUGAGCAAAUAGCAUAAUUCUGUACAGCUGUACACCGUUGGAAUGUAAAUCAAGAAAUAUUCUUUGCAGUAAAAUUCUCAAAAUUCUAAAUUCUCAUCG